UCCUAUUCAAAAGGGUGCUUCUUCUUCCUCGUGUCUUGCCCACAAUCUAUCAGCCAUGUGUUCAGAGACCAAAGGCGCAUUUUCAGACUAACGUAUAUAUAAAAAUCCCCAUUUGGCAUCAAAACUGAAAGCAUCAGAUAUUGAUUUCUUAUACAGUUAACUUAAAACCUUUUUUAAUUGUGCUUAAAGUUUGUGACCGGAAGAAUAAAGAGAAGAAGUAUGGAAGGACAUCGUGGUGGUCCGGAUAUGAGACACAAUAAGGCUGGCCAAGACGUUGUUGGUCAAGCGCAGAUGAAGAAGGAUGAGUUGAUCGAGGAAGCUUCCAUUGCUCCUAGGACAGCCCAAGACAAAGCAUCUCAAAUUGCAAACCAAUCCUCCCAGGAGACAAAGGAUCAAGCUGCAGGUUUCCUUCAACAGUCUGGGGAACAAAUGAAGAACUUGGCACAAGGGGCAGCUGAUGCUGUGAAGAAUACUCUUGGAAUGAACAACACUUCUAACACCAACACCUUCAACAACCCUUCUCACAAGAUGUAGUGAGGGAGACUCGUGACAAGUAUAUGAUAAGUUUGAUGAUUAUGAAUUUUUGAAUUUAAAACUUUAGUUUGGUGUUUGUUUAUUUUUUAUAUUUGGUGAUUAAUAAAAGUUUUGUAGGGUUGUUUAUAUAUUUGGAUGUAAUGGAGUUGGUUUCUCAU